AUGGAGUCCCUAUGGGAUGGCUCAGGGCAGCAGGAUACAGGAAGACACUGGGCACAGGAGGGUGCAGCAGGAGCUGAGGGUGUGGGAUACAGGCAGACACUGAGCACAGGUGGGCGCAGCAGGAGCUGUGGGUGCAGGAAGGCCCCAGCCAACACAGCUCCUGCCAACAGGGUUCCCCCAUCUCUCUGCAGCACGAGGGUCCUGUGGUUCUGCAGCAUCACCGUCCUGCUGAGUGCUGCCCUUCUGCCUGCCUCCAGCGGCACCCAGACCUGUCUACAGAGGAGGAUGUGGCCAAGGAAAUGUAAGAGGCGCCCACAUCUGGCUUGGGAACAAAAACAAAGCAACACCUCAGCAGUCAAACAAGCCUCUUCGCUCCCCAAGAUCCUAAUUGCAGCCUCCUGGGGAUGGGGUUUCUCUCACCAUGGUCCCUGCACCCUGAUGGGGUGGGAUGGCCCUGGGAGAUGGGAAUGUUUAGUGAACCUGCCGCACUGGGACCUUCCCUCACUGAAUUUGCUCCCCUCUUCCAGCAUCCUGGGAGUUCGUGCUGUGGAGCCACCAGAGGAGGCUGAGAUCUCCAGAGACGUGGAACCAGGCUCAAAGGUUGUCUCCGGCAGCGCCUGGGCUCGCUGGGUUGCCCGCCAAGCCCAGGCAGGACCAGAGCAGGACCUUGACCACCUCCACCACUCCCGGGAUGAUGCUGGAAAGCCCGAUGCCUAUGGGCCACCACUGAUGCUGUCCCUGCAGGUGCAGAAUGGCCCCGAGGAGGACCAUGAUCACCUCCACCACCACUGAGCAGUGGAGACAGACCCCAGGUGCACAAUGAGGGGUGGGAGCAUCCCUGGUCCUCAUCCCUCCCCACCCACCCUUGA